AGGAAGGCAGGGACCCGAGGCAAGGCCGCAGCCACCAAGCAGGCCCAACGUGGUUCUUCCAAUGUCUUUUCCAUGUUCGAGCAAGCCCAGAUCCAGGAAUUCAAGGAAGCCUUCAGUUGCAUCGACCAGAACCGCGAUGGCAUCAUCUGCAAGUCGGACCUGAGGGAGACCUACUCCCAGCUCGGCAAGUUGAGUGUCCCAGACGAGGAGCUGGAUGCCAUGCUGCAGGAGGGGAAGGGCCCCAUCAACUUCACUGUCUUCCUCACCCUCUUCGGGGAGAAGCUCAACGGGACAGACCCCGAGGAAGCCAUCCUGAGCGCCUUCCGCAUGUUUGACCCCAGUGGCCAAGGGGUGGUGAACAAGGAUGAGUUCAAGCAGCUUCUCCUGACCCAGGCAGACAAGUUCUCUCCAGCCGAGGUGGAGCAGAUGUUCGCCCUGACACCCAUGGACCUGGCAGGGAACAUCGACUACAAGUCCCUGUGCUACAUCAUAACCCAUGGAGACGAGAAGGAGGAAUGA